UGUUGGACACCUGUUCACUGUUUGCAAAUCACCACAUUUCUCAGCUCUAGGAUUCGUCUUCGUUUCUCUCUGUCUCUCUCUCUCUCUACUUUUCGUUUGCGUUGAAUCGAAACAUUAGGGUUUGAUAUCAAAGAUUUGAGAUUCGAGCAAUGGCCGAUCACAUCGAAAGUGCGGAUCCCAAAGGUGAGUCAUUGAUGGAGAAGAUCACCGAGAAGCUCCACCACUCCGAUUCGUCUUCCUCCGACUCCGAUUCCGAUUCCAAGAAGAAGAAACCCUCCUCGCCUCCGUCGUCCGUCAAGACCAAGAUUUUCCGGCUGUUCGGCAGAGAGAAGCCCGUUCACAAGGUUUUCGGUGGAGGAAAACCUGCUGACAUCUUCUUGUGGAGGAACAAGAAGAUAUCUGCUGGUGUCCUCGGGGGUGCCACUGCAAUCUGGGUUCUGUUUGAAUUGCUUGAAUACCACCUUCUUACUCUAGUGUGCCACAUGUUGAUAUUGUCUCUUGCAAUCUUGUUCUUGUGGUCCAAUGCUACAACAUUCAUCAACAAGACUCCACCACAUAUUCCAGAAGUUCAUCUUCCGGAGGAACCAUUCCUUCAGGCUGCCUCUGCUCUGAGGAUUGAAAUUAACCGAGCUCUUGUUGUGUUGCGAGAUAUUGCAUCUGGAAAAGAUAUAAAGAUGUUCCUUGGAGUAAUUGCUGGCUUGUGGGUUGUGUCACUUUUGGGAAGUUGUUGCAAUUUCUUGACAUUGUUCUACAUAGCUUUUGUAUUGCUACACACGGUGCCCGUACUAUAUGAGAAGUAUGAGGACCAGGUUGAUUCGUUUGGAGAGAAAGCAAUGAUUGAGAUCAAGAAGCAGUACGCCGUGUUUGAUGCCAAGGUUCUUAGCAAAAUCCCAAGAGGACCAUUGAAGGACAAGAAAAAGGCUUAGAGAAGCUGAAAGCAAUGUUGCAGUGAACUUUUGGGUGGUUGCGAGUUUGCAGGAUGUGCUUCUAUCCCUGUAUUUGGUAGCCCCUUUUUUCAUUUUGUUUUCUGCUGUUUCGAGUAUGGGUUUACAAUCUGGAUGGAUGUGGGGUUUAUAAUGAAUUUAGCCUACUAAAAAUAUAUAUAUAUAUAUGUAUGUAUGCUUACAAGUGUUAGUACCAGCAAUGUUUCAAUGUUUGCCUGCAAAUCAACUGUAGGCGAUUUCAUGUUGGCUUUAUAAUAUUUUAUGUUCUUUACUGCA